GCGCAUUUUACCAACAUAAUCUUCCAUUUUAAGAUACAUUUCGCUCUGGCAAUUUGCAAAUAUGGCUGUACCAAUCUCGACUGUCGCAGAGAGCAAGGAGCUCCGGGGACUGAACCUCAUCGCCGCCCAUUCGCAUAUCAGAGGCCUCGGUGUCGAUGUAGACACUCUUCAGCCUCGGACAUCCUCCCAAGGCCUUGUGGGUCAGGAAAAGGCCCGGAAGGCCGCCGCAGUGAUUUUGCAGAUGGUGAGGGAAGGCAAGAUUGCCGGUCGCGCCGUUCUGAUCGCAGGGCCUCCUAGCACUGGAAAGACAGCAAUUGCAAUGGGCAUGGCACAAUCUCUCGGACCGGACGUACCUUUUACCAUGCUUGCUGCUUCUGAAAUUUUCUCAAUGGAGAUGUCGAAGACAGAAGCCCUGACCCAGGCAUUCCGGAAGUCCAUCGGUGUGCGCAUUAAGGAAGAGAGCGAAAUCAUUGAGGGUGAAGUUGUGGAGAUUCAAAUUGACCGGAGUGUAACUGGCGGCAAUAAACAAGGAAAGCUCACGAUCAAAACUACGGACAUGGAAACGAUUUACGACAUGGGAACCAAGAUGAUUGAUUCGAUGACCAAGGAGCGAGUAAUGGCGGGAGAUGUGAUCUCGAUCGACAAGUCCUCGGGCAAGAUCACCAAGCUCGGUCGGUCAUACGCACGCUCUCGAGACUACGACGCCAUGGGCGCCGAUACCAAGUUUGUCCAAUGCCCCGAGGGCGAGCUUCAAGUUCGCAAGGAGAUCGUCCACACCGUCAGCCUUCACGAGAUCGACGUCAUUAACUCGCGUUCACAAGGCUUCCUAGCCCUCUUCUCCGGCGAUACGGGCGAGAUUCGGAGUGAAGUUCGGGACCAGAUCAAUACCAAGGUGGCUGAAUGGAAGGAAGAGGGCAAGGCAGAGAUUAUUCCUGGUGUCCUGUUCAUUGACGAGGUUCACAUGCUCGAUAUCGAGUGUUACUCCUACAUCAACCGUGCCCUUGAGGCUGAGUUAGCCCCUAUCGUCAUCAUGGCUAGCAAUCGCGGCCAGGCACGCAUCCGCGGGACCACCUACACCUCUCCUCACGGCCUACCCCUUGACUUCCUCGAUCGGGUUGUGAUCGUCAGCACACAGAUGUACUCUGGUGACGAGAUCCGUCAAAUCCUCGCCAUCCGAGCGCAGGAAGAAGAGAUCGAUCUUUCGCCUGAUGCUCUCGCCCUUCUCACCAAGAUUGGUCAGGAGUCAAAUCUGCGUUACGCCAGCAACAUUAUCACUACUUCGCACCUCUUGAGUCAAAAACGCAAGGCGAAGGAGGUUAGUGUUGAUGACGUCCAGCGCAGCUUCCGAUUGUUCUACGACCCCGCUCGGAGUGUGAAGUUCGUCAAUCAAUAUGAACAGCGCUUCAUCGGUGACCAAGGUGCCGUUAGCUUCACUGCUGCUACCAAUGGCGACGCCAUGGAGCUUUCUUAAUUGGGUUACAUGUUUUAGUACUGGGCUAUUCGGUGGGCAGUUAAGCGGGUCGAAAAAACUACACUGGAUCUUGAUUUUUAUUUUUUGUCGCAUCAAACGAUGUAUGAUAGGACUGGCGCUUGCUGAGUUGAUUUUGCCUUUGAGAUUCAAUUGCAGU